CAGUCGACGGCCGACCGGCGAGGGAGCAGGACGUGUGUGCAGUGCCGUCCGCGCCGUUCGGGGAGCCGCCAACCAGUGCGAGAGCCAGGACGAAACGCGAGUGUCACAGUGCCCCGUGCAAGUUCAGUGCCAGUGCAAGUGCAGUGCGAGUGCUAGUGCAGUGCAGUGUGAGGCGGGAGCGUUAGACCCGGGCGUGCCAUGUAGGCGUCGCCGCCUUCCUCUCUCAGCCCGCGCAGCAGUGGACGGGCAUGACGGAUAUGUCGACCGUGCUGUUCCCCUGGAUGUGCUACAACCCGCCGCGGUCCGUCAUCGUCGCCAACCCCGUCCCCGGCGUCGUGCCCGGCCUGCCCUUCGGCGGCCACCCCGGCCUGCACCACCACCACCAACACCACCAGAGCGCCGUGCUGGGCCUCCACCCGGCCGCCGUGCCAAGCACCUCCGCGACGACCACCUGCUCGGGGAUACCGACCGGGAUACCCUACCCAGGCUGGACGCAGCACCCAGGCAUGGCGGCGAUGGCCCCCUACGGCCCGCCCGCCAGGUCGCCGUCGGCCAAGGGCCCCAAGGCGUCGCCGCCGGCCAAGACCAGGACGCCGCCCAGGACGCCGCCCAAGAGGCCGGCCCCCAUCGCGUCCCCGAGACGAAUCAGUGUCUCAGCAUUAGUCAGUCGAUUGAACUGUUCAAGUUCCAUGAGUGAUGCAGGCAGCCAAGGAAGUCCUGAGGCAGAAGGGUGCAGUACGGAAGAGAAUGCUCAGGAGAAGAAUUUUCCAUGGCUCAACACCUUUUCCAAGCAGUGUCGUUCUGCUGUAGGAUCCAAGAGUAUGAAACAACUGGAUGAUUUACUCACUGUGUAUAUAGAGCAUGUGACACCACACUACCGGGACUGCCACAAGCUACCAAACAAAGCAGCCAAGUUGAAGCGGAACAUCAACGACACUAUGAUCUUCUUCCAUAUGCUCUACAUGGAUAUUAGGGAGCCAUUAGAAAAUGCAUUUUACUAUGAUAAGAUGACAGAACUGAUGGCCAUGUACCUAGAUUUGGAGAUUACUGCUGCUCGGAGAGGAAAAGACACUGAAAAAACAGUUACCAAUAAGCUCUCUACAUCUCUGUAUACUUUCCUAGAUCACUCUGAAGAUCAUAUUUUAGAUGCUCUCUUAAAAACAAAACUUAUUAAUAAGCAUUCCAAGAAGGUUUGUGUACCACUUCUUAGGAAAAUUUUAUCAGAACUUGUGGUACGAAGGCCUCUUGCAGAAUUGACAUACGUUAGAUUUCUGCUGUCAUUCAAGCUAUGGAAAAAUGUCGUAGCAGAUGUGGAAGAACGCCGAGCCAUCAACAAAUUGGCAGUUCAACGACUUCACCCUCCCCCUGAAUAUUUUCUGGAUCAUGAAAUAGCAAGAUGCCAUACAGAAGUAUUACCAAGAAUUCCCAAGUCAAAGAAAAAUUGUACCUUGUUCUAUCUUGGAGCAAAAUUCAGUGUCAAAGAUGCUUGCAGGGCCCUGUUUCGAUACUGUAAAGACACUUCCCGUUCUAAUGUUUAUCGACGAAAUAUGACAACAUCUGAGGAAAUAGAAAAACCAUUUGUAAUUUCAUCUAGGAUUUCUUCAGGAAACAUGAAUGAUGUUGAAGAAAGUGGAAGCUGUAGCCUUAUCAAUGACAUCUGGAGUACAAUAUCGAAUGGUGAAUCAAGCAGUUGUCUGCUAGAGGAAUCUGACAUGUUUAGUGAAGUUCAAAUGGAAGAAAAGAAUGAUUCUGUAUCUCCUAAAAAGAAAAAGCUACAACCUGAUAGUCCUGAUUCUAGAAUAGAUGUAAUAGACAAAACAAGAAGAAAAGACAAUAGAAAGAAAAAAGAAACCUCUGUACCUGAUCCUAAAUUUGUGAUGCUGAAGACUGAAGGUGCAGCAGAUCCAAUAUCUGCUUCAAGUGCAGCUAAAGGUGUUCAGGACUGUUGUUUGGGGUCUGCCUUUAUGAUGGAACAGGUGAACAAGGUUGGAGUGGCACAGACUCAUGUAAAAGUAGAUCCGUGCGAGUCUGAAAUGCCCACAAGUAGUAGGCAGCACUCUGUUCUCGAGUCAUUGGUCUAUGCUCAGCCUGGCUCUGAUAAUGAAGCGGUUGCUUCAUCUUCAGUUAGCCCUGAUGCAGGCUCUGUGCCACCCUCACAUCUUGACACCAAUGAGUGUGAUUCAUCUGUAGAAAUUUUGCAAUCUAGACAAGUUUCUACAGAUGUAAGCCUUCCAUUAGAUCUAAAACCCUCAUUGAAUAUGGACGGAAAAGUUGCUAAAGAAGAUCUAUUACUAUUCAGUGGGAAUGAUCCAGCUGCUGACGAGGCUGCAGUCUAUGAUUCAUUCCCAGAAUUUGGUGGCAUGUUUCGUCUUAAUGACGAUCUCUUCAACUGCCGAUCGUUUGAAGGAAUAGACCAAUCAUCAAUGAUGUAUCGCCGCGCUGAUGUGACUGGCUCUCUUCCGUUCCAAGGCAGCCCCCUACUUGAAGAAGAUGAAGAUGAGUUCAAAUUCAGGUGGACAAGUGUCCCAGACUUUUCAAAUGUUCAGAGCACGAUCAUCAAUCAAUCAUCAGGCACUGGAUCGUCUUCAGAUCUCUCAUGUUAUGCUGGUGUGGAGUCCAAGGCCGCACCAGAAGGGAGUGAGGAACCCAAGCUUGGACAAGACAUGAAGGCCGGAAAGGGAGCCUCUCAAGGUGUGCAGCGUGGUGGUAGAACGAGUAGACGCAGAAGUGAGCAGGCCACAAUUGAUUCUACUUGUGGAGGAGUCCUUGCUGACCUUGGUUUAGGAUCCACUGCACUUGAAUCCGACCUAGUUGACUUAGGUUUAGAUGAUCUUGGGCUUGUAAAAGCCCUUGGUGGUGGUUUGGGUGAAAAUCUGGGUGGUGAUUUCCCUGCUUCUAGUGGAGAUGAUGAAAAUAUGGGUGAUACUCGUGUCGAAGUAGCUCAACCCAGUACAUUACCUCCAAAACCUCCUACAUCAGAUGUUCGUCGGGGAAGGCCACCAAAACGAAGAGGUUCCAACUCAAGCCAAACUGCAGUGGCUAGCACCACCUCAUCUCCGUCAAGUAAUGCUGUUGUUCCAAAGAAACCUCGGCAAAAAACCACUUCCAUUUGUGCUCUACCUCUUACUCGAAGUAUUGCUGACGCUGUGGGAAUUAGGCUACCAGAUCCAAUUAAAGAGAUGGUGACUAACAUUCGCAAGCAACAGUCAAAGAAGAGUGUGCUGUGAACUAUUGUACCUAACAGAUGGUUUGCUAACCAUGCCUGUAAAUUGUUUUUAAAAAUGAAUUUUGUUAAAAGGAAUGAAUGGAUGCAUUAAAACUAAUCCAUCUUUUUCAUUUUUGUGACAAGAUUGUAUAUACGUACCAUUAUUACGUACUUUUAAAUCAACUCAGUAUUACCAGUCAUGUGUUGGAGUUUUCUCUAUCAUGUUCCCUUAAACAGUGCCCACCUUAUUUAUACUUGCCUUCAAAAUAUAUUGCCCUGUCCUUAAACUGUACACUAUUAAAAAUAAAGGAAAAUGUCUUUUUUAAGAAAAAAAAA